AACUUUUGUACUGGAAGUUAUUUGAUGUGUGUAAGUUAUAUAACAUAACUUUUGUACAGGAAGUUAUUUGAUGUGUGUAAGUUAUAUAACAUAACUUUUGUACAGGGCGCUGUGUGUGUGGCGAGGGAAGGGGAGGUGAGACGGGAGAGACGCAGGGGACAGCAUCUGUUACAUUGCGGCAGCAACAAGGCAUGAGGAAGUGUUUAUCGCUCUUUUCUCUUUCACUUCUGAUCUGGAGUUAUUAGCCCCUAUCCGACAUGACAAUGCCAAUAUUAAGCUAAAGUAACACUGUGAUAAGGAUGUGUUCGUGUUACAGACAUACGCAUGUGAUGUGUGUGUGUGUUUUCUGAGACUACAUUUGACAACAUAAGUUUGUACAAGGAUUCCUUUCAAAGUAAGAUGCUGAUUACAGAAUGACACCAAGCCAUGACAUUGUCCUGCCUCGUGCUAACAAAUCUUCAUCAAAUGACUUGCAAGUACUGAUUCAUUCGUGAAUCUGAUACACCGCGAUUUGAAAUGUGUCCGUGCUCUAAUACUGAGGACAAAAGAUCAACAUGAAUAAAAUGUUCAGUCAGACGAGAUCUUCUUUCACUCCAGCAGCUAGAUAAGAAUGAAAGGAUCCCCUUCAGGGCCAGUCUACACAUUUGUUCAUUCCUUGAUGUUCAAAGAAAUUCCAAAAGUUCAUUGCAGACGUAGAAAAAGAAAAGCCUGGUUGACGACCCUGUGUUUGGGCUUCGUGUCUCUGGCUUAUGGCCUCCUCUACCUAGUGUUCACGAGGUGCUCUGACAGUAUACAGUUUGCUGCCCUUUCCACGGCAGAGAUACAAUCCAUCCAACUCAUGGUGCUAAAGAUCCAAAAUACUCUUCAGAAAGACAACUCUACCACUUUCGAUUCCGCUAGGAGUGUGAAUCAUGAGGAGUACAUCGAAAGAGUUGCCGCCCCGUGUCGUCUGGAGAAACAACGCGUAACGCUUUCGUCGACGUCAAACAUCACACUAAUCUAUUCGCUUUUGAAAGGGAGCUCGUCUAGAUUGGCACUCUUCUACCUCAAUCAGACCUUUGCCUCGCUUUCUCUUGAUAUCAUCACUGACAUCAUAAUCAUUGCUGAUGAAAGCCUCCAAGAAAAGGAAAAAGGGCUGAUAGAGGAUGUGGUCGAUUGUGACGUAUGCAGGGUAUUCUUUCUGAGUGGGACGAUUCACGAGCAAAGAAACUUUGCGAGUAAUUUCGCCAGGGGAGAAUACCUCGUGUUCUUGGAUGGGCGCGUCCACGUCCAUGAAGAAUGGCUGCAUCACUUGAUGGCCGCCUUGAACGACAGCAACAACAGAGUCGUGUCCCCUGCCUUGCAGCUGACUAGCUUAGAUGGCAGCCUGCACACUGUGGGACUUACGGUCAACGAACUCCAGUGGGAUCUGAGCGUCGCAAGAGCGCGGGCCGAUGAAAAGAGGAUCCAGAGCGCAUUGCUAAACAGGGUGACUUACGUUUCUCAAACGGCGAUCACGCCAGAAGUCUUCCUGCUCAGCAAAGAACUCUUCAAUGCAAUGGGACAGUUUGACACACGCCAAAACCUAUCUGGGUCAGAGGAUGUGAUGUUUUCGUUGAAAUUGUUAAGCUGUGGAGGGGAAGUGGUGGUUUCUAUGUGCUCAUCAGCGUACCUUAGGGGCUCCACUGAGGAUUCAGUGCCCACUGCCAACCAAAUAACUUCAUAUGAAGUGCUACGAGAAGAUUACUUCAGCAGACUUUACAAUGAGGCUGUUGCCUCAAUUUUCCUUGACAGUUUCACUCUUAAAUACUAUAGCUGUGUAAACCAUCUCUUGAAUCUCACUACGUAUCAUCCACAGCUAUCUACAGCAUCUCCGUUCUCAAGGAACCGCGGUCUAAUCCUGAACCCAGGCAGGAUGAAAACUCAGCUAGAGCAGCAUGUCCUGAGCAAGCUGAAAUUGUUAAAGUGCCGCACGAAGAACUUUAAGACCAUCCUGAGCAGCCUCCAGCCAGCCAUGGUAGCACCCACAAAGUUCGCAACAUUCUACGGGUACAUCCGGACACUGGACGGAGUAUGGGCUUUAGGUCUGCAUGCCGGCUCUGAGAAGGCGAUCUCAGCGUCUCAGACUUCUUUGUCGACAACCCUGGAAGAUAAAAUUGUGCUAACUCGAAACGCUUCUCUCUGGGUUGGCCCGUUCUCCUUCACCAACGGUGCUUUUAUAUUCCAGCACAAAUGGUGUUUGACUUCAUUAUCCAGCGACCUUUUCUCUCUGACUAGAUGUGUCGUGGGCACCACUGGUCAGCUGUUUAUUUAUAAUGACAACAUUAUUCGACUAGCUUCGCAACAUGAGAGAAGCGUGUGUGCAGUAUUAAACGGAAACUAUUCCAAUCCGAUUUUCCUGAAUUCCUGCAAAGAGCAGAAUUUUACAAACAAAUUUAAGCUCGAUCUACAAUUUAGGAAAGAUUGUAUUCAAUAAGACAUUUAGAAUAGUGUGGUCUUGUUGUAUGUUCUUAUAAUGUAGAAAAUAUGCAUAUAUAAGUUUUUAAAAUGUAGAUGCUUUUUUUUUACUUUAAAAUUAAAUGGUCACUUCACAAGGUCCUCAGGGCUCGGAGGAAAGACAGAGAGAGAAAGCAAUGGGAAGUCACCAAAGAAUGGACAGGCCGGCCAUUCAAUGAGAUUCUAUUCAAAGCUAAAAACAGAAAGAAAUGGAGAAAGACGGUGGACAUAUCAUGUGUUGUGCCCCAACGGUUGGACAAAGGGACAGGUAAAGGAGAAUGACACUUUGUUCCCUAUGUGCUACAAAGUAACCUAAAACCAGAAAGAAGUCAAUCAAAUGGAAAGGAAGACAGGAACAGAGAAGGAAAUGUCUCUGUAUCAGAAGUGUCUGUAGUUGUCAAAGAAAAAAGGAAAGAACUACUCAACUGUGUUAAUAUUAUUUAUAGUCAGGGAAAGCAAGUCUUUAAACAAGAUAGCACGAUUUGUCCUAAAGCUCCUAGUCAUCAAGGGAAAAGUAUAUUUAAAAAUAUUCAUCAGCCACAAUUGGUGACCAACUGAAAUGUCCGGCAGAAACAUUAACAAUGCGAGUUUAAAAUGGAGACUGCGAUACGUUUGUAAGAAAUAAGAGACGUUGUAUUUUAAUUUGACAAAUUAUUGAGUUGAUGACAAGAUGUGUUUUAAAUAGGAAUUACGGCUAACGGUCUCUCAAAGUGGGGACUAUAAUAAAUGGGAAGCGAAUGAAUAUAAACAAGUUAUUGGCUGUUUCACUCAUCUAUUUCAAACCAUUCUUUCUUAACAAGAAAACUAUACAUUUUCUAUAUAUAUAUAUAUAUAUAUUAUUUAUUAUUGCUUGCUUUCUCUUUAUCUCUCUUGCAUUUUCUUGCGUUCUCUCUCUUAUCUUAUCUUAUAUAAUACAGACGUUACUUCAAAAAAGAAGAUGAUUACGUCCUACGCGUCAUGCAUUUAGUCAUGCAUAUUAACCAAUGACUUAAAUUCUGCCAAGUCACUGGUUUUCCUGGCUAGCUCAGGCAACCCAUUCUCUCUUAUUCAUUCAGCUUCCUCUCUCUUUCUUUCUCGUACUUUCUCUCUCUCCUCACUCAUUCAUUAUUGCUUUCUCUUCCUUUCUUUCUGUCUCCCUCUCUCGUUCAUUCCUGCUUGCUUUCUCUUUCUUUCAUUCUUUCUUUCUCUCUUUUCUCCUUCAUUUUUGCUUUCUCUCCCUUUCUCCUUCAUUUUUGCUU